AAUCCAACGGUUCAGAACUAGGGAGUUAUUUUAUAUAAAACUGUCCGAAGAGAACCACCCCCCCCCGGUCUAACCUCUUUCAGUCUUCACUCUCAUCUCUUUCUCAAUAAACCCUAGCCGCCUCAUAUCCCCACGCCGCCUCCACCGCAAACCACCGCCGAAAAUCGCCUCACGGCGGUUCCGGUGGACCAAUCUUCCCCAAAAUAACACCAUGAGCUCCCCUUCACCUCUUCAAUUCAUAUCUCUAGUUGUCUUCCUUCGAAUCACUGCCAAACUCCUCCAAUAUUAGAUUGAAAAUCCAGCUAAAAAACCUAAUUGUUCCAAUCUUAACCAAAUUAACACCCCGAACUCCCCUUCAUCCCCUCUUUACAAAUCCCCAACCCUUUGCCUUCGAAUCACUGCCUAGCUGCUCGAAUCUUGAAUCGAAAUUUAGGUUUCCAAAACCCUAAUUUCCCCCAAAGCCCACAAAUUCAUACCAAACAGUCCUCGACCUUCCCUCACCCCUGUCUCACCCUUGAUUCCUCAAAAAUCUCAGCCAAUUUCCCCGAAUCUUGAAUCUCAUAAUCGUCGAACCCUAAUUUUUUCCCCUUUUCUGAUUUUUUCGGUCAAAAUUGGUCAAGUGGACUUAGAACCUUCAUUAGUCGACUGUUUUAAUGGUAGUCAAAGUCCAUUUACACUUCAGGGAGUUUGGACGAGUUCGUGGUUCGAUCCAGUUUUUGAAAUAAAACCCGGAUGAGCACAAUUGAAAAUGAACCCUUCACGGUCCUUGAAGAAAUCCCAUUAGGACUACAUAUGUGGUGGAAUGACUUAGAAAAAUUCAGCAGAGAUACUGUGGUAAAAGUGUUGGGCGGUCUUGUUGGUCUUCUGAAAAUCAAACCGAGGUUGGAUGUAAUCGAGGCUUUGAUACCUUUUUGGGACCUGACGCAUAAUGUGUUCCAUUUUUCUGAUUUUGAGCUAACCCCCACGCUUGAGGAAAUAGCGGGUUAUGCCGGACUUAGUGGGAAUCUCAGAAGUCGGUACCUAGUGGCUCCAAGAACAGUGACUCCUCAUAGGUUUUUGGACCUUCUGAGCAUUAGUCGGGAGGUUCAAGAUGGGAACCUAUCUCAAGGAUUUUGCACAUUCUACUUCUUGUACCAGCGUUAUGGCGAUCCCCAAGGUUUUGAGGCUCCAGAUACUAGCCUAACUCAUUCAGGAAACAAAGAUAAAUGGGAAGCUCGUCGGGGACUGGCUUUUAUAGUGGCAUUCUUGGGUGUUUUAAUCUGCCCAAGAAAGGAUGGAAACAUAGAAUUGGGUCUUGUGGGAAUGGUCGACGUCAUGAUUAAGAAAGCUAAUGGCACCCUUGUUCCAAUGAUCUUAGCGGAGAUUUAUCGAGCUCUAACUGUCUGCCGAGAAGGGCGAAAAUUCUUCGAGGGCUGUAACAUGCUUCUACAGCUUUGGAUACAAGAACAUCUCUGCCACCGCUUGGGGUACAUGAGCUAUGGCAUGACUGGUCUGAAUUGCAUUGAAGAACAUGAAAACCGGAUGGUGGGUUAUGAAUUUCCAGAAGGUACAGAGGCCUGGUUUGCGCAUUUGAGUUCCUUAACUUCAAACAAAAUUGAGUGGACAUUCGGUUGGCUCCCUGUUACUGAAGUCAUUUAUAUGUCAGCUGAGGUGUGCUAUUUCCUCUUAAUGGGUCUCCGGAGCAUUCAGCCAUACGCUUCACACAGGGUGCUGCGCCAACUAGGCAAGUUCCAAACUAUCCCACAUGACGAAGAUCUGAGCCGACAAGUCAUUGAAUUGGGUCCAAAAGUUGUAUUCCCAAAAGGAAAAGUUCGUCAGAUUUGGAAUGAGUGUAGAUUUCUAGAGCCAAAGACUCGGGUGCGGGAUCUAUCUAAAGGCGAGUUAGACCCUAAUUACAUGACUUGGUUUGGUAAAAGGUUUCAAGUUCAUUAGGAGCCCGAACGGCCUGCUAAAAGACCCCACGUCCAGCAAUUCACUGAUGAUUCGAGGGAGAUUGGUUGGCAAAAGAGGCAAGCUACAGGGCCAAGAUAAGCAAAUUGGAGGGACAAAUCAACGAUCUCAAAUUUGACAAUAGUGUACAAGUUGUUGCUGAUGAAGAGGAAAAGAAGAAGCUGGCUCAAGAAAACAAAGCCCUUCGAGCCCAGAUCCAAAAAAUGAAGAUAGCUGCUGAGAAUCAGGAAAGAAGCCAAGCAGAUGAAAGGCUCAUAAAUGCUCUUAGAAGGAAAAUAUCUGAGUAUCAGGAUGACUUGGAAAAGUCCGAGGUUUAUCUGGCAAGAGCCCGAGCACAGUUGACAAAGAACGCAGAGGGACGGGCAGAGUUUGUACGGCAGUUGAAAAGGAAAUAUGAGGGAACAGUCACAAAUUUGAAGAAAAGGCUAACUACCCUCGAAAAUGAGAUGGCCAACCAAGCUAAGAACUUUAAAGUAGAAAGGGAACAUUGUUAUGCAUUAUUGUCCCAACUAGAGGAAGAUAUGCAACAGCUACAGGAUCAAAACCAUCAUGACACCCAGGUGCUAGAAGCUAGGUCUCAGCAAAUGGGGCGUUUGCUCCAAGAAAAGGGUAUCAUCAAGGAAAGGGUUAGAGCAAUUGCUGACUACAUUAUCAUGAAGUGCCAUGCAUGUGAAGACAUGACUAGAACCACUUUCUUUGCUGCAGUAAUGACCUUCGUUCGCCAAAUAAUAAGUGACCGGGAGCGUCUUUAAGGGGAUCUUGCACAUAGGCUCGUGGCAAGACCGACUGAUGUCCCACGGGCCCCUGGAGUAGAAGCACUUAUGUAUUUUUGAUUUUCAUUUUGAGUCUGUAUUUCAGUUUCUAGUUUAAAUUAUGUUUCGAGUCUGUUUGUAGUUUUAAAUUCCUAGGAAAAGUAUGAUAGAGUCUUUUGUAACUCAGAAAGUUAGAAGCUUUUAUUAAUGAAAAUUUGGAA